UGAGGCAUCCGACUCCGCUUCCACUCCACACCUCGAAACAGCAUCCACCGAUAGGCACAAUCAAGUGGCAGACCGCGACCAAGGCCCAGGAGACUACGAAGGACCUGCUAAGACUCUUGGACAAUCCCAAGCAUCGAUACGCUUUGAGACUCUCGUCGAGGUGGCUGCUGAAUGCCAGGCUGAGCGCUCACGUAGUGCUCCGAUAGACCUCGCAACGGAAGUCAUACCAGACACCACCCUCACCACGUCAUCCACGGGCAGAUCGCCCGUGUUCGAGUUUGCGCUCAAUGACGGUACCUCGCCAUCCUAUGCUUCCCUUUACCAGCACCAGUUGUCCGAUCGCAACGCCGCACUAUCGCCAUACAACUUCCGAAGCUUUGGAUCACCCAGGGAUCCUGCUACAGGCCGCAUCUCUACAGUCUCUUCAGAGGCUGCCUAUUCUUUGCCGACGACGCCUACCUUGUCUGCGCACGAGUCACGGCUAAUGCAGCACUUCAUGGAACACCUGGCUCCAAGUAUCGACGUGUGCAGUCAAGAUCAGGUCUUUGGUCGUCUUGUUCCUCGAAUGGCAUUCCUGUCACCUAUUUUACUAACGUCUAUAUUUGCGGUAGCUUCUAAGCAUAUCUCUAAGACUAUAGAGAUGACCGACCCGUCACCAGAGACUUACUUCCAAGAAACCUUGGAUCAUCUGAUACCAGUACUCAAUGAGCCCGAUGCACUCAUCGAGGAUUAUAUCCUAGCCGCCGUGGUUAUUCUGAGAGUUAUGGAAGAGAUGGACAUCUCACUUUCAGGCUACGAUCAACAAAGCCACCUGCCGGCGAUCCACGCUCUCAUCAGCGCUCAAGAGAGGUUUGCUACAAAGGGUGGCCUACGACAAGCGGCUUGGUGGGUUGGCUUUCGACAAGAGAUGGUCGUUGCUUUCAUCAACCAAAGGCCGAUAGUACCUGUGCUGGAGCAUUGUAACCUUGACCGUUCGUUCUCAGCAGCCGACGUUUUCACGUGGACCAACAGGAUCAUCGUCCACUGUGCAGAUGUUAUCAACCACUGCUUCCAGAACGGCUCACUCGAUCAAACUACAUACCAAGCACUUCGCGACUAUGGCGAAGCAUGGAUGGCACAUAGGCCUCCAUGCUUCAACCCCAUUUUCCAGUCGCAACCGUCGGGCAUAGCCGGAUCGCUAUUCACUAAGACCUACUUCACUGGGGACGUCAUCGCAAAGGGCGUUCAACACUACCAUCUGUCCAAAAUUCUUCUUGUUGCUCACGAUCCCAACGUACCACGGCUUGGACUGCAGAGAAAGGCAUACGAGCAGACUGUUGACGUAAGUUUCUGGCAUACACUGUAAGGCUCAACGCUUGCUAAUUCGAAUGCAGGACCAGCUCAGAUCUCAUGCUAGGGCUCUUUGUGGCAUAGCUCAAGGCGGAUGUAAGACGGCGGCCAUCUGGGUCACGACUUGCAUGGGUAUAUCGUGGUGCGGAGAUCGGUUUACUUCUCGCGAG